CACACACAGCAAUGUACACGCGCGCGCACACACACGCACACACACACACACACACAGCCAUCUUGGAUCCUUAAGUGUGGAAAGAGAGAUCAAUGCGGUGACAAAGAGCAUGUUUAGUGCCACGAGAAAGAAGUUUAUGGAGGGACUUGAUAAUGACUACCCAGAUGACAGCGUGUACUACGGCCAGUCAUCGAUUUUCACACAUCGAUCUGAGAAAGACAUGCUGGCAUUGUCGUCUCCAUCAUCGGGUCAGCUGUCUCAGCUGGGUGCAAGUUUAUAUGGCUCGCAAAGUGCACUGGGCUUCCCGAUGAGGGGGAUGAGCAACAACAACACACAACUCAGUCGCAACUUAGCACAAAGCAUGCCAUUACCUAGUCAUGGCACACCCACCACCAAUGUCCUGACAAUGUCCCUCCAUACUCCAUCCUCACCGAGUAGGGGGAUUUUGCCGAUGAAUGCGAGGAAUAUGAUGAAUCAUUCGCAGGUGGGGCAGAGCAUAUCGAUGAGUGGACGGAGUAACAGCAUGAGCAGCUCAGGCCUGGGCAGCCCGAACCGUAUCUCACCCAGCAUCAUCUGCAUGCCCAAACAGCAGCAGGCCAGGCAGUCGCUCACCAUCAACAGUAUGUCCGGGUUUGGAAUGGGACGAAAUCCUGCGUUUGGUUUAAGCAAUUCAUUUUCAAGUAGCAUCUUUAACGGAAUGGAUGGAAAUGAAAACGUGACUGGGCUGGACCUGUCCGAUUUUCCUGCCUUAGCUGAUAGGAGUCAAAGGGAAGGAAGUGGAAAUCCGACCCCACUGCUCAACCCACUGGCUGGGAGGGCUCCAUAUGUUGGAAUGGUCACAAAGCCGACACACGAGCAGUCCCAAGACUUCUCCAUCCACAAUGAGGACUUUCCUGCACUUCCUGGACCCAACUAUAAGGAUCCCACAUGUAGUAUCGAUGAUAGCAAAUCGAACUUAAACUUGUCUGGUAAAAACGUGUGUAACACAGAUGGUCCCAAGUUUCCUGGAGACAAAAUCUUGACACCACAGACCAACAAUCAUCAAAAGAAAGGAAUUCAGGUGCUACCUGAUGGCCGAGUGACGAACAUUCCAUCUGGGAUGGUGACGGAUCAGUUUGGGAUGAUUGGUCUGUUAACGUUUAUUCGGGCAGCAGAGACAGACCUGGGUAUGGUGCACUUAGCACUGGGCAGCGACCUGACGACGCUCGGCCUCAACCUUAACUCACCAGAAAACCUUUAUCCCAAGUUUGCCUCUCCUUGGGCCUCCACACCUUGCCGGCCUCAAGAUAUCGACUUUCACGUUCCGUCAGAAUAUUUAACCAACAUUCACAUAAGAGACAAGCUUGCUGCAAUAAAACUCUCACGAUACGGAGAGGACCUGCUCUUCUACCUUUACUACAUGAAUGGGGGAGACCUGUUGCAGCUCUUAGCAGCAAUAGAGCUUUUCAAUCGGGACUGGAGGUAUCAUAAAGAGGAGAGGGUGUGGAUCACGCGAGCACCAGGAAUGGAACCUGCGAUGAAGACCAACACCUACGAAAGAGGGACGUACUACUUCUUUGACUGCCUUAACUGGAGAAAAGUAGCCAAGGAAUUUCACCUAGAGUAUGACAAACUUGAAGAGCGGCCACACGUCCCGUCCACUGUCAACUACAACCCGGCCCAGCAGGCCUUCUGAGAGACUGUCUGCUCAUGGAGGGUGGGGGGGAGGAGGGGUAGGUAUGGCUUGACUUGGCACAACACUCACUGAAAAUACAGGUGCUAGCUGUGGCUCUGGCAUCCUUUUUAUUUAAAAUUUUAUCGUACUGCAAUUUGGAAAAACAGACUCAGGAGCUCUGCUGUUCAGACUUGGGUUCCUACCUCCACAAUAGCAUGCUGCACAAAAUAUAUAUUUUUUCUCUUUGUCCCUUUUGUUGUUUUUAAUUCCUGUCCUGUCAAGUUCACAUUGAAACAGAAUGACAGAUAGAAUUGCACAAAAACAAUCAAACUGAACCAAAAACAUUAUGGUGUAAUGCCUCGAAGAGAUUGCAUUGUUUAUGGUAGCUCUAUUCGGUUAAAAAAAAAAAAAAAGGUCAGUUUAUGUGCAUAUUUUAUUGUUAAGACCUUUUUAGAGGCUACUGUCUUAAAAUAAUUUUAAUUUCUAUUGUUUGUAUUCAACAAUUCAGUAUAGCAACUGCCUUUCACUUCCCUGCCCCAUUAUUAUAUGCGGAAAUACCACCAAGAGAAAAUGCUUGCAAAGCUGCAACACUGUAGCUGAUUCAAGGUUUCAGAUUGGUCAAGAAUCGCCCUUCCUGAACGAAUGAAUAAUAAAAACACUGUCUGGUCUUUGUUAAAAUUUUGUAAUAAGAGUGUAUUUUUUUUUCCUUUUUUUGGGCAAUCAUGUUGAGAAGCAUAUGUAUGUGCACAUUAGAAGUAAAAAAAAAUAAAAAAUCGCUGCCCUGUUGUACCUCAUUUUUAAGAGGUCAGCAUGGAUGCAAUAUGUAGUGGGGGGGACUGGACAUUGCUGGAACUGCUGGGCUGGGGGACCAUACACUGGCAUCCUAAUAAUAAGACUAAAUUAAAGGGUCAGACUUUGAGUGAACCAAGGAUAUCCAUAACCUUGACUGAGGGGAGGAGAAAUAAUUACAGGAAGACUGCGGCACUUCACCAGCUGUUUUCAACAAAAAGGAAACCCAAUAAAAAAUAUAAUUAUGGUUACA